AUGAGAAAAUCGGCGGGUAUUCUCGCGGCGGCUAUUCUCGUCCUCGCGGGGACGCUGCCGUCAAACAGUGCUGUCGACGAGUACGACGAGGGACGCCCCAGCAAGCAAGCCGGCGUCCUUUUCGACUUCCUGUCGCGAGUCCUGGGCGGCGUCGCAUUGGACCUCCUGGACGCCCUCGCCGGUGUUCGUCAGCGGAACAUGGUGGAUGACCCCGAGACCUGGAAUGCGAAGGGUGUCACUGCUAUACUUCUUUUCGCAGCAUUCGGUGCAACGGUGUGUUACGAUAUGUACGGAUGUUAUGAAACCGGGUACCCAUGGUUCGACCCUCCGCGUCGUUGGAUCGAACUCGCACCUAGAACCCCAUCAACAGUUGGACCGAACUUCUUGCUCUACACAAGGAGAAACGAUUUUGAAGCUCAGACAAUUUGGAGUGAUUACAAAGUCGUAUCUCAGAGCAAUUUUCAAGGAUUACUUCCAACGAAGGUCAUAGUUCAUGGCCAGAACGACGCUCCGGACGCUCCAUGGCUUCUGGCCAUGAAGGAUGCCUUUCUUGAUCGAGCGGACGUGAAUGUGAUCAUUGUUGAUUGGCAUCCAUUGUUUAUUCGACAUCAGGCGAGAGCUGAUGCCAGAUUGGCAGGUGUAAUGACUGCCAGCUUUUUGCAAUUCUUGAAGGAUAAUUUCCUAUUAAACAUGGACGACUUGCACAUCAUAGGCCACAGUUUGGGCUCGCAUUUUUCGAGUUACAUUUGCUACGCCCUGAAGGGCGGCGGCCCGGAACCUGUCGUCGGUCGACUCACAGCAUUGGACCCGAGCCACCCGGCGUUUACGGACACUGACCCGGUCGUUCGGGUUGACCCCACCGACGCCAAAUUUGUUGAUGUCAUCCACUCUGAUGUAUAUGAUGGGCUUGAAGGUCUGGGCACAAAUCAAAAUAUGGGCCACGUUGAUUUUUUUCCGAAUGGUGGAGGCACUCCACAGCCAGGCUGCGACAUGGAUAUUUUCCAGGCUUGGAGAGAAGGCAAUGGAAAUCUCAGAGAAGUUCUACGCAAAUAUGUGUACUGCAGUCACUUCCGGGCAGUGGACUUUUUCUUGGAGUCGAUCCAGCAUGAUUCAGUCAUUGGGAGUGGUUGUGAUUUCAGAGCAGUAGCUUGUCAGGACUGGAGAAGUUUCGCAGGUGGUCAGUGUUCGGCCACGUGUCCGCAAGAUGGCACUGCUAGUCAAGCCUGCAUGCGCAUGGGAUACAACUCUGUGUAUGACUAUAACCCUGAUCUUCAUGGCACUGGUGGCUUGAGAUUCUAUCUGAGGUCUGACAAGGAGUAUCCGUUUUGCAGGUACCAAUACUACGUUUCGGUCCGAUUCGGCAGUUUGCUGAAACGCCCAGCAAACCGAGAAGGCCCCAGAACCCAACAGGGAUCGUCUUCUGCUGUUGAACAUACACACCAGGAAAGUUCAAGAGAUGGGAGAUUUUUCCUCGCUAUGACAACCCUGAGGGUCAAAGGCGACGCCUACGUGACCUUUCGGGACUCCUCUGGGGUUUUCAUUGAAAACACUUUCAAACUCAACGGCCCGCCGUUGAAAGUUGAGUACAACACGAGGAUUAAUGGGAUCCUGACGAGCAGAGCGCCGCUAAAAACAACCAACACCGGUGCUUUGGAUGGCGAAAUCCAUUUCAUUUUUGUGCCAAAGUUGGACUUCAACACUGAAAUUCUCGUGCCUGAUAUCACUUUAACGUCUGUGGAAACUUCAGCCAGCUACAAAAUGUGCUCGGACGGGAUGAUUGGAGGACGAAAGUGGAGCGUCAUACCGAUUGUUUUCACUCCCUGUUCCUGAAUUUCUGUCAAGUUUCCUACGUGUGAGAGAAAUGGAAAGCCAUUCGGGGCAAACUAUUGACGUGAUCUCAGAGCUCUCUCAACUGCUGUUAUUUGAUCCGAGGGGAAGAUAUCAGUGUAUACGUGCCCUUUUACUGGAAGAGAAGACUACAGGAAAACUUGCUGACCAACAAAACGAGGACAAUGAACAGUGAUGGCAUUGAAUAUUU